AUAAUACUCUUCAACCCAUUGUAUCACAAAUAAACAAGAAUGAAAGAAAAUGGCCUGCAGAGGAAAUCUCUUAUACCAUAACCACUCUUCCAAAUCUCCCUCCAUCAGUUGAGGAAAAGGAAGCUGAUAACCAAUUUUUUUUGGAUCAGAUUGUAAAAGGGAAUGAAGAUACUUUAUACGAAUGUCGUCAGCAUUGUUUAACUCCAGAAGAUAAG